AUGGGAGACCCUGGUCUCGGACAAUCCCAGAUUCACGGAAUUGAGCAGACUGUCCUGCCUACUGAGGAGGUCUCAGUCCUAGUUACAGGCUUUGGUCCGUUUAAAGCCUAUGCUGCCAAUGCCUCAAACUUGAUCUCUUCAUCUCUCCCGUCAUCCUUUACUUUUCCUUCGGCGGCCCCCUCAUUCGCUCCCCAAGAGGGCCUUGCCCCCACUUCCCGUCGUAUCUCUAUCCAUGUCCAUCCCACGCCGAUACCCGUGGCCUACUCCACGAUCCGAGAGAUAGUGCCGGUCAUUCUAGACGAAUAUGCAAAGAAUCAUGGUGGUCGACGACCGGACAUCGUGAUCCAUAUGGGCAUAGCUGCAACGAGGGACUACUAUUCUGUGGAAACACAGGCACACCGCGAUGCGUAUCAUCUUUCAGAUAUCACUGGCAGGUCGGGUUUUCUGGACGGUGAAAUGCAUUGGAGACAGUUAGGGCUGCCUCCGAUUCUAAAGGCCGGUCGCGCGACGAAUGUUCGUACAACAGUAAAUGCACCAGCAAUGGAAACACCAGGCACGGUCCCUGGUUCGAAGUCACAGCAGGCUGUGCAACAACAUACGAACCCUCGCCCACCGGAUGACCAGUUUGUCGAUAUAUGGAAGACGUUUGCGCCUCCUGGAGCGGAUAUUCGCAUCUCGCAGGACGCAGGGCGUUACGCUUGUGAGUUCAUCCUCUACACGAGUUUAGCACAGGCGUUUCAGGAAGGCCGGGACCGCAACGUGACUUUCUUCCAUGUUCCUCCAUCGUGUAAUGAUGAGGAUAUUGAGUAUGGGAGGAAUGUUGCGAUUGCCUUUAUUAAAGCCCUUGUAACAUCUUGGUUUGAUGAAAAGGCUACAUAG